GCAUUUAUCAAUGUCGAUUUGACGUUUCCAUCUAAUAUGACGGAGAAAAUUCUAAAAAAAAUAUUUUUUUGUCGAUUUACCAGUUGGAUAAAAUAAUUUCAGUGAUAUCGGCGGUAUUUUCAAGAAAUUAAAUUGUAAUUAAGUUGAACAAUUGAAGACAGUAUGGACGAUCCAUCCAGUCAGGAUCAAGAUUCGAGGGAUUCCAGUGUUGUCGAGAUGAAUAACUCGACGAGUGUACUACACAAAAUUGCCACUUUAUACGCGGAACAAUUGAUGUCUGAUAUAUGCCUUGUUGUUGGUAAUAAACGGUAUCCAGCCCAUCGUGUAAUAUUAUGUGCAAGCAGUGAAGUAUUUCAGGUAAUGCUGAUGAAUCCCGAAUGGUCAGAAUGUCGUGAAAGUGUUAUCGAACUGAAGGAGGAGCCAUUGUGUUCGGAAGUUUUUCCACAAUUUUUGAAAUAUCUGUAUGUCGGUCAGAUCAGAAUAUCACUGCAGACGGUGAUGCCAAUGCUGGCCUUGGCUGACAAAUACAAUAUCAGGGACUUAGUGCAACUAUGCGUAGAUUAUAUGCUGAAACACAUCUCAAAAGCGGCCACUCAAGGAUUUUUAGUGUCUUGGCUGCAUUACACAAUAUCGCUCAGUCCGUACCAUCAGGAAGUGACGGACGCGUUGCAAGGAUUUCUGAAAUGGAAUUUGAACAUCGUAGCCGAGUCGAAAGACUUUGUGGAUCUCGACGUCAACAUUUUGAUCGUACUCAUACAACAGAACGAUUUAGUGCUGCGGAACGAAUAUGAUUUGUUCAGCUAUGUCGAGAGUUGGAUUUCACACAAAAACAUUUUCAUUCAAAACGACUCCACUUUGACGGACGAAGAGAGGCACACAACCAUUACACAAUUGAUCGAAAGCGUUGUCGUUCACAUCCGCUUUGCCAUGAUGACACCCAGCGAGCUGGCGAUAUUGCUACGCAAACCGAUCAUCAAAUUGCAUAAAGAAUUUCUGGUGGAACUGGUGUCGAUCGGAAUGAGUUAUCACUCAGGACAAGAGGAACGUGUCGCAAGCAUUCGCGGAACUGAGAGCGGUGCAUUACAAUUCACACCGCGGCUAUACACAUCGGACAUGUACGGACUGAGCAUGCAAUUGCCAAACUUUGAAAGUAUUGAAAAUUAUCAAACUUUUGCCGCUUGCUUCUUUUCGCAAAGUAACUUAUCGGAAUACCAAGAAGACCAAAAUAUGCAAUGGAACAUUGACUUUUAUCCCAGAGGUAUCAAGUACAGCAAAGCUCAAAUGAUUAACGUUUUCAACUCGGCUGUUGAGGUUCCCGAAACAAUACUGCGAACGAUACGGCUGAGUGUUACAUGCAAAAGAGAUUUAACAACUGAACAACGGUUCAAGGUGGGCGUACUGAUAACCGGUGUACAAAAUAAAAUUCCUCACAUUCGAACGGUACACGUUCGGACGCACUACUUUUCCAAAGAGAAUCGUAUCUUAAACAUGGACAAUUUGUUGCCGUAUGACGAAUUGGCAUUAAGUUCGAUCAAAUUGAGCUCACAUUUAAUAGGAAACGAACGCAAUACGCUUAGCCUGCAAAUCAUAAUUGCACCGAUGGGUCCAUAUGUCUGUAACGAUACCCCGCCAUUUGAAUUCAAAUAGUUUUCUGUUGCAAUCAAAGAGAAGUUUAACUUGGAAGUGAUACUACAUUGUCUUUAUAAACAAAACAAA